UUUUACGUGACUAGCCGAUUCCGAUGUAAAAGGUGAAAAAAUCGCGAAAUUCUUUAACCUGUGCAAAAAGUUCUCCAUUUUCCUCAUAUUCUACAAUGUCUCCGGGUCCAGAACAGCACGGAUUGAAAAUCGACGACACAACCAAGAAAUUGAAAAAGUCGGAGAUCGAUUUUAUGCGUCUGAUUGAACAGCAGAACUUGCAACGGGUCCAGAAGUUGCAACGCCAGCGGAGGAACAGCAAAAUCACUGCCCUCUCGUUGGGCGGAACCGUUCUCGGGAUUUAUCUCUACUCUAUGUAUUCCGUAAAACAGGAACGAUUCUUGGACGAUUUUGAGGAACCUUUGAAGGUGGAAGUACCGCAAAAGCAAUAA